CCCCCAAAUAUUCGCAGAAACCCUAGAUUAACAAUUGAUCAAAAAUCAUGGUGAGGAGAAAGAUCGACAUCAAGCUUAUCGCAAACAAAUCAUACCGACACACAACCUUCACGAAGCGACGGAAAGGCCUCAUGAACAAGACCGAGGAAUUCUGCAAGGUUUCCGAUUCCAAGGGGAUCGUGAUCAGCUUCUCCGACGCCGGAAACUGCUUCUGCCUCGGCCAUCCUGACGUCGGAUCCGUCUUGAACAACUACUUGGGCGACUCCUCCUCUGCGAUCGCAACGGAGGCGGAGAAAAUAAUAGGUGAUGCGUUGGAGAGCGGGAAGUGGGUGGAGGCGGUGAAGGGGUUGCGAUUGGAUGGGCUUGACCGAGUCUAUGUGGAGUUGGAGAACGCCACCCGAAAAUUGGAGGCGCUUGCGGCGGCCAAGGAGGAGACUCAAUCUUAUGGCCGGAGAGAUUAGAUUGCUUACUGUAAUUAAAUUUGAAAGCUUAGUUCAUUACAGAAUUAAUUGGAGUAGUUUUCUGUAGA